AUGGCGACUGCGGCGGAGCUCGGCCCGGGUGGCGUCAGCAGCCAAGGAAAGCCCAUCUUCAUCGCGACGGAGCACACCAAGUAUGCACCUACCACGGAGCGCGAGCUCUCCGAUCAGGAGCAACUCGCGUGGAAGUCGUUUCAGCUGUGGCGCUCGACGCUCUCCGUGGAGCGCCGCGACAACGUGUACGCGUCGCUCACGAACUCCGACUAUACCAACUUCCGCUUAGCGCACCACAUAAUGGGCACGCCGUUCCCGGUGAUCGACACCGUCCCAGGCUUUUUCGACGUGCUCAAAGCGGUGCGUUGGUACGAACACGUCGCCUCGGCCGCCACGGCACUUGCAUACAGCUACUGGAUCCGCUCCAAGGCGUCAACACGCUACGCACACAUGAUGCCCAUGUCCCGCACAGCCAUCACGAUGCUAACGUUUUUCUCCAUGGACAUGUGCUUCUGUUACCGAAGCAUGUACCGCCUUUCUGGUUACCUACCGAAUGAUUACGAGUGCCGCAAGUAUGGCGUCAUGGAGGGCAAGGAACGUCUGGAACAGAAAAAGCAAAUGUGGGAAAAGUACGCCAAGUACAAGAAGGAAUGGUGCCGCCGCUUUGACUAUCAUGUGUACGGCAUUCGCCCUGGUGAGAACUGGAAUCUAUUUUCGGCAUGCAUGCUUCCAGCGUGGGAGCCGGCAUACAACACAUGCACGGACUAUCCAAUGCGUAAGAACCCGUACUUCCUCACAUCGACGCCACUGCGCGAUAUAUUCGCUGAGUCGCAAUUCACGUACGAGAUACCGAAGGAUGAAACCGUGCCGCUCGUAAAGGCGAGGCCAGAGUUCAAGUACUUAUACCGUGGCCCCGAGCGUGAGGCACUCGUUUCCGAGAAGAAAUAG